AGUGAACCACAAAAAAAAAGAAAAGUAAUGGAAACGUAAUAUUCGCUAUCGAAGCAAUCCAUUAAGCUAACGUAGAGCUAGAUAACGUAACAACAAAGCAAAAACAACAAAAGACCCCAAGAAUUUAACAGCGCAGUAUUCUGAUAACGGAGUUAAAGAAAGACAGAAGAGAAAAAGAAGUGUUUAGGCGAUUGUUAGUAUUGUAAUUGCAGCCAGCAUCGCGCCCCAUUCGGGCAUGGUCUUGAGAUAAUGGUAGCGCCCAAAUAUGAACGCCUCAACACCGGCGACGGCAGCAACGACAACGGCCACAAUAGCGGCGUUGGCAGUGACGCCGAUGACAACGAUGACAACAACAUUGAGGAAGUCGAACUGAAGUUAGAGCGCCGUCAGCUGUCGUCGUCGACGCAUGCCAACUUUAAAUACGCCAGAAGUGGCAGCAACAGCAACAACGACGCCGAUAGCAGCAGCGGCAGCGUCAACGACGCCACGUCUACGUCCGCACAACAUCAUCAUCAUCCGCAUCAUUUGCACGAGGGAAUGGCUCGCCAUACGGAUGCACGUUUCAUGCAGAUGGCCAUCUCCACAUUGGUCACUGUGCUACUCUAUUUAACACUCUCCAUUGCAUUGACCUUCUAUCAGACGGACAUCAUACGGGAUCUGCCCAUUCCACUGACCAUUGUCACAUAUCAUCUGCUCUUGAAAUUCCUGCUCGCCGCCUUGAUCCGCAACAUCUACAAGAUGCGUGUGGGCAAGACGCGUGUCCAACUGGAUUGGCGUGUUGCUGUCAGAAAAAUGGCGCCAGCUGGCAUCGCGAGCGGCAUCGAUAUUGGCUUCUCCAAUUGGGGCCUUCUCCUUGUGCCCAUCUCUCUGUAUACGAUGACCAAAUCCUCGACGAUUGUCUUUAUUUUGAUUUUUGCCAUACUGCUGGGAUUGGAGCGCAAGAGUUGGACGCUGUUUCUGAUUGUGGGUCUGAUUGGACUCGGCCUCUUUAUGUUCACCUACAAGUCGACACAGUUCAAUGCCUUGGGUUUCAUCUUUAUACUCGUCGCUUCACUGAGCAGCGGCGUUCGGUGGAGUUUCGCACAGUUCAUCAUGCAAAAGUCCAAGUUGGGUCUGCACAAUCCCAUCGAUAUGAUCUUUCACAUGCAGCCCUGGAUGAUUGCUGCACUCUUGCCGCUCGUAUUUCUCAUCGAAGGUCCCAAGCUGCAUCAGGGCAUGCAGGAUAUUCAUCAUAUGUCCGAUUCGGACAUCCUUUGGAACAUUGCCAAGGUUACGUUGGGUGCUCUCAUUGCCUUUCUCAUGGAGGUCACCGAAUUCCUCGUGCUCUGCAAAACAUCCAGUCUCUCGCUCUCCAUUGCCGGCAUCUUCAAGGAUAUUUGCCAGCUCGCUUUGGCGGUGGCCUACAAAGGCGAUCAACUGAGCUCCAUCAAUCUGGUUGGCCUUGGCGUCUGCUUGGCCGGCAUCUGUUGUCACCUGUGGCACAAAUACACAAGCAUGGCGAUGUUGAAUAAACAACAGUUGGCUCUGCAGCUGGACAACGAUGGCGAGGAUAUGUCCGCUGAAUAUGAGUUCAACAAAAGUAAUUCCAGUGCAGGAGCGUCGGGUUCACAUGCCACACUUAGUGUGCCACUGUUGGAGCAAACCGAUUCGGAUGACGACUCAGCGAAUGAUUCGGCAAAUAAGCAAAAUGCAUCCGAUGUCAUUUUCGAUGUGUUGAAGCGUCGCGAAGUGUCGCAGCGAUGAGUUGUUGUGAGAAGAAACAAAAGAAACUGGCAGCCAGUCCCAUGUGUGAUUGUGUAGAUGGUCAAAGAUAUAAUCGAUUCAGAAUCAAAGCACCAUCUCUCUCUGUAAAUGUUGUAAAUUCGAAACAAGCUUUCACUUAGUGCAGCUAAAUUGAUCUAUUACCACAUGCAUUCUGAUUCUAUCUGUAUGUGUGUGUCCAUUAAUAAUUAUCUCAUGAUGAGUCUGCUUAGUGCAUCUAUCUACA